AUGCUUGGACUCUGGGAAUUCGACAAUGAGGAGACGAUUCUGCAAUUACUCGACCGGAACGUUCGGCGACGUGAGCUAAUAGCGACGGUGGACAACGUUGCACGCGAUCAUCUGAUGGAAGAGCAGGACGAGUCUGAAGACCAAGAUCUGGAUCUCUCUGACCCUUACUCGGACCAGCAACUCACACUUGCAUCAACCUUCCAUGAAGCAGCAGAGGAAUCAAUGGUGACAAAAACUUCAGCCACGAAACAUUCCGGGCCGUGGCUCGAACUGACGGCGCGAACUAAUGUUCUUUCAUUCGUCUUGGGCAUCUUUGCGGCCUUGGUCUUAUCUCAAUUGUGGGCUACAAUGACAACAGCUCGAGCCGAAUAG